UUUAGACCACUAUGCAUGUUCUUCCUCUUCUCUCAAAUCUCAAUACUCAGCGCAUAUAGUUAGAUAUACAUCCAUCUUCUCACCUCUCUCAUCUAAUCUAAUCUAAUCCAACAUGAAAGACGCCGUAAUUAGUAAUUUGGUAGAAUGGAUGACACCAAACCUAUUUGGUGUAUACAUGAGAUAUGGGACUGGGGUGUCAAACAAGCUCGAGAAGCUGAUAGAUGAAAUCAAAAAAGUAAAGGCAUAUCUUGCCGACGUCUCCGGGCAGGUGGAGCAGUUGAGAGAAAUGGAUUUGGAGAGGCAGCUGAAAGAGGUGGAUUAUGACGUUUCAGACGCCAUUGAAUCUUCAUUGUCUCUAAGAGUGGCCGCCCUGGCCAAGAAUAUAUGCUUCCGGCUACUACUGAUUAAUCAGCUUGAUGAGGCACUAGAGUGGUCGCUCCACUCCAUUAAAACUCGAAAGUUAGAUCCCAUCACUAACAGGAUCGAAGCAUACAAAGAUCUGGGAACCCAACAAACAAAAUCUAAGGAAACGACUAAGGUUGAGCCGCCGCCGCCGCCGCCACCAAAGAAGUUUGUUGGUUUCAAAGAUGAGGCAGACACCUUAAUCAGCUGUCUUAUGAAAGAAUCGGAGACACUCGAUGUUAUCGCUAUCACAGGCAUGCAUGGCAUAGGCAAGACAACGCUGGCCUCCAAGAUUUACCACGACAACAGAAUCCGUGAGGAGUUCCCCACCCUCCUUUGGGUUGAUGACGGAGCUGUUCCCUCCCGCCCGAAUAAGGAUCUGUUUCUCGACAUUCUAAAUCAAUGCAAGAAUAGUGGUUCCUGGAAAGCUGAUACUUCUGAUCAAGCGUCCUGCAGCAACUGCAUGGAUUCCUCAAUUGGGAUUCCCAAUGAUCUCUCUUAUCUACCCGACGAUAUGUUGAUGUUGAUGGCCACAGUUAAAGACUCUCUCAUGAAGAGCAAAUAUUUGCUAAUUCUGGAUGGUUUAUGGGAUACUGAAAGGUGGGAGAGAGUCAUGCACAUGUUUCCGGCAACUGGCAAAGUCUUGAUAACCAGUUGCUACAAUUAUGUCUCCACAAAGCCUCACGUGCUGCGUUUCCUGACCCAGGAGGAGAGUUGGGAACUACUCCAGUUGGAGGUUUUUGGUGAGCUUGGCAAGUGCCCGGAUACGCUCAAGUCUGCUGGGGAGCGUAUAGCUCGAGAGUGUGAUGGAUCGCCUCUUGCAGUAGAAGCAGCUGGAAAUAGUCUAGUGGUCUCGUCCUCUCCAGAAGCAGCCAAGAAUCUCACGGAGAAGUGGUGGGAGGCCGUGUCUGAGAAUGUCUCGAUGUAUGUUGCAGACUACGGUGCUCAGCAACGCGUUCUUAAACGCGUAGAGUUGAGUUACUAUAGAUUGUCUCAUUUUUUGCGAGAAUGCUUCCUUUAUUUGGGAGUGUUUCCCGAAGGUCGUGAGAUCCGUGUUCAGACAUUGGUUCGUUUGUGGAUGGCAGAAGGACUUCUGCCUGACCAGGAACUCAUCUUGAAUAUGCGCGAAACCGCAGAUAGAUGUUUGCGGUACCUUGCAGACAUAAACUUAGUCAUGGUUGUUAAAAGAUACCAUGACGGCCAGAUUAAGACAUGCCGUCUACAUAAGCUUAUGCACGCAUUCUGCAAAUAUAGAGCUCAUGAGAAAGAUCUCUACCAACACAUCAAAAUAACAGAAGAUCGUCCAAUUUCCCUCACACCAAAUAGUCGUCUCUGUAUUGACUCUGAUAUCUCCAAAUUCCUUUCUCGUAAACCAAUGGAACCAAGUGUACGUUCUAUUCUAUGUUUCAACGAGGAAGAGAAAGUUGAAAGUUCAAGAAUCCAUAAACGGUUCAAGUUGCUCAGGGUUAUGGAGUGCAGCAACGUCAAUUUCACCAGAUUUCCCAAAAAGUUGAACAAGCUUAUCCAUUUGAGGUACAUCUCACUAUCUUGUGAUGAGAUUUCCGAAAUACCCGAAAACAUAGCUACGCUAUGCUACCUAGAAACUUUGGUGGUGGACACUCGGGCGUCUUCUCUUCUAUUCAAAGCUAAUAAAUGGAGGAUGUUUAAGCUUCAGCAUUUGGUGACAAAAGCAGCCAUUGUUUUAGCCGUACCAAGGGAAGGUGAAGUGUCUAAAUAUCUUCGGACACUGACUAGAUUGGCACCUUCAUGUUGCAACAAGGAAGUGUUCCGAGUGGCCCCUAACCUAAAGACAUUGGGGAUUCGAGGGCACUUAGCCACUCUUGCAGAACCCAGAUCCAUGAUAAAACUGAACCAUCUUGAAAACUUGAAGCUGAUAAAUGAAUCCGCAGUUGAUUGUCAGUUGAAUCUUAACUGCAUCCCACGAACUCUCGGGAGUCUCACACUUUCAGGUACACACUUGAAAUGGGAGUGCAUGUCUAAAUUGGGAAUGAUUUAUUGCCUCAAGACCCUUAAGUUGAUAAACAAUGCAUUCACUGGAGAGUCCUUGACUAGUACACGUGCUGAUGGUUUUGGUCGUCUAAGCUUCUUGCUGAUCGACACCACGGAUUUAGUCUCCUGGGAAGCCUCACCUGAUUGUCUUCCUAGUCUUAAGCAUCUUGUGCUUAAAAACUGUGUGAACCUCCAGAAAGUUCCAUCAUCUCUAGAGAAAUGCCUUGACAUAUCUGAUGUAGGGAACAUACCUAGUGUGGCCCUAAGCCCAACAACAGCAACAAGGCCACCAAGUCAAAUCCAGCGUGACCCAAGCCACGACAUGAACCCAUAGUGACCUCAAGGCCGAGACAUAUUGGAGCUCGGCCAGCCAAGUUCCACGAUUAUUAUGACAAGGUCAUGAUCAUGUUUAUCUUCAUGAUAUGAUUUAUUUACGCAUCUUUUAUCGAGUCUUUUUUUAUUAAGUAAUGUAUCGACUAUCGAGUGAAGUUUAUAAGUUCUCUCUUGGGUUUUCUUUGUUGGUUCUUUCCCGAGUCA